AGAUCAGUCGCGCGAAGAGGAGCAUGAUCGGCGUAGGCGCUGGGCAGCUGGGGCGGGCGCUAUGAAUCUCCAGGUGUGUAUUGCGACUCGCGCCGCGCCUAGAGAUCUCUCUCUGGAGCUUAGGUUUCCGUCCGCGUCCUUGGAUUGCUUGCAGCCAAUGCUGUGAGCCGAGAAGAUGAGCAACGUCCCGCCCCCCAUGUCUUCGCAAGCUGCCUAUCCUCCCCCAAUGCAAAUGCGUCCCAAUCAGGCCUCUGGUCCUUUCGCUCAGCCACAGAGACCUCCUCAAGGACCUCCUGGAAUGUAUGGAUCUGCCGUUCCCUUUCCUCAACAAGGCAAUGCGUAUCCAGGCUCUUAUCAGGUCGGGAAUCCGGGUCAGCUUCUUCAGUCUUAUCCAGUAAACGCAGGACAAACUAACAAUGGUAUGGCACAAGGUCUGCAUUCGGGCGUACCACCUCCAGGAUCCAGAGCUUCUGAAUGGCAGGAGCAUUUUUCUCCUGACGGGAGAAGGUAUUAUUACAAUAAGCGGACUAAGCAGUCGAGCUGGGAAAAGCCAGACGAGUUGAUGACUCCGACCGAGCGAGCUGAUGCUUCAACUGUUUGGAAAGAGUUCGUGACUGCUGAUAGCAGAAAAUAUUAUUACAACAAGUUGACGAGGCAGUCUACAUGGACAAUGCCCGAGGAAAUGAGAGUAGCUCGCGAGCAGGCGGAUAGGGGGUAUAUGGGAGUCGCUAAGAUGGAAACUGCUCCCGGUAUAUCGGCACCGUCACCUUUACUUUCUUCUCCUCUUCCUUCUUCUCCUGUUGUAGCUCCUGUAGCUCAGACCCUCACCCCUGCCGCUACAGGAACCCCGUCUCCAGCGCCUCUUGCAGGGUCUGGCGCUGACGUUGCUGAGGCUACCGAGGAGACACAACAGACACAACAGGAUCUGGAGGAAGCAAAAAAAUCGUUACCAUCGAUUGGUAAGAUCAAUAUUGCUCCAGUUUCAGAGGGAAAGUCAUUUUCCACGGAGGAGCCUUUGAUUUCUUAUGCGACAAAAAAUGAGGCAAAAAGCGCCUUUAAAGAACUUUUGGAAGCCAUGCACGUUCAAUCCGAUUGGACGUGGGAUCAGGCUAUGCGCGUAAUUAUAAAUGACAAACGGUAUGGUGCCUUGAAAUCUUUAGGUGAACGCAAGCAAGCUUUCAACGAGUAUCUUGCGCAAAGAAAAAAGUUGGAUCUUGAAGAAAAGCGUUUAAAACAAAAGAAAGCACGUGAAGAUUUUAUAAAGAUGUUGGAAGAAUCCAAGGAGUUGACAUCAGCCAUGCGUUGGAGCAAGGUCGUAUCUCUUUUUGAAAGUGACCCACGUUUUCAUGCCGUGGAUAAAGAGCGAGAGCGUGAAGAUCUUUUUGACGACUAUUUGCUGGACCUGGAGCGCAAAGAGCGAGACAAGGCUCGGGAGGAGAAAAAGAAAAGUCGCGCGGACUUCAGAAGUUACCUCGAGUCCUGUGAUUUUAUUAAGGUAAAUUCCCAUUGGAGGAAAAUUCAGGAUAAACUCGAUGACGACGAGCGCUGGAGCCGAUUAGAUAAAAUGGACCGCUUAGAAGUCUUUCAGGAAUAUAUUCGUGAUUUGGAAAAGGAAGAGGAAGAAGAAAAGAAAAUGCAAAAGGAACAAAUACGCCGGAAAGAGCGUAAGAAUCGGGACGAGUUUAGAAGUCUCUUGGAAUCUCACAAAGCAGCAGGAAUAUUGGUUGCAAGGUGCCCAUGGCGAGACUACUUAGCUAAGAUCAAAGAGCAUCCUGCUUAUCAGGCAAUAUGUACUAAUCUGUCGGGUUCGACACCGAAGGAACUUUUUAUGGAUGUCCUGGAGGAGCUUGACAAGCUGUAUCUCGAAGACAAGGCCAAGAUCAAAGAAAUCAUGAAGGUCGGAAAGAUUACGGUGGUACCGACAACCACUUACGACGAUUUCAAGGCUGCACUAGCCGAGGCAGGUGACUUGACGGCGAUAUCUGAACUGCAUAUAAAGCUAGCUUUUGAAGACGCUCUCGAACGACUAAAGGAGAAAGAAGAAAAGGAGGCUAAGAAACGGCGACGCUUAGCUGAGGAGUUCUCUACUCUACUCCGAUCAAACAAGACAAUAACGGCUACAUCUAACUGGGAAGAGUCCAAACCGUUGCUACAGGAGACGGUGGAGUUUAGGGCUAUUGAUGACGAGGUGGUGCUGAGAAAGCUUUUCGAUGAGCACGUAGCUCAUUUGCAACAGAAACUCAAGGAAAAAGAUCGCAAGCGAGAGAAGGAGGAAAAGAAGGACAAAGAUAAAGACAGUAAAGACGACAAAGAUAAGGAGCGGAAGAAAGACAAGAGCAGCAAGAAGGAUCGUAACGAGGAUGGUGAACCAGCGCUCAGUAAAGAAGAAAAGAAGAAGGACAAGGACAGGGACCGUGACAAAGAAAAAAGGCACAGAAGGCGUCACAGGAGCGCAAGCAGCGACGAUGGAUCCGACAGAGAUGACAGGGACGAGGCUAGGAAAUCCCGGAAGCAUGGACACGAGCACAGACGAUCUUCAAGGAGGCAUGGCCAUGACUCUGAUUCUGAUGCCGAGGCCAAGCCGAAACGGCAAAAGCGGGAGCGGCGGAGCACCGAGGAACUGGAGGACGGGGAGGUCGGCGAAGACGGCGAGAUACGCAGCUAGGAUACCAUGUUUGUUAACUCCUCCCUUUCUCGCUUGUCCAUCUUUCUAGCUCUCUCCACCUCGCUAGUCCGGUGGCGUGAUUGUUUGGAGAACUCUUUAACUUACGUUCUUAGUUUCUAGA